AUGAGUUCUGCAUUAGAGGAUCUAUUAGCUAGUUCUGCUCACCUGCCAGGGACCUGUGUCCUGGUUCAUACUAUGUAUAAAUAUAUACAGAACAAAGUGUGUAUAUCUAUCCACUGCUUAUUUCCUGCGCAGCUUGUCAUUAUUUUUUUUUAUACAUUCUUAUACAUGAUGGCGUAUGGGGAGCUUCCAGUUUUAGGUCCCAGCUCUCAAGCCAGGUCUUCUCUCUUCUCUGUAUCUUCAGAUGCGGUGUUAUUUUUCAGAGAUUACCCUGCUCUCUGUCCUGUCUUCCUGCCUACUCGCCACCCUGCUCUCUGUCCUGUCCUCCUGCCUACUCGCCACCCUGCUCUCUGUCCUGUCCUCCUGCCUACUCGCCACCCUGCUCUCUGUCCUGCCUACUCGCCACCCUGCUCUCUGUCCUGCCUACUCGCCACCCUGCUCUCUGUCCUGCCUACUCGCCACCCUGCUCUCUGUCCUGCCUACUCGCCACCCUGCUCUCUGUCCUGCCUACUCGCCACCCUGCUCUCUGUCCUGCCUACUCGCCACCCUGCUCUCUGUCCUGCCUACUCGCCACCCUGCUCUCUGUCCUGCCUACUCGCCACUCUGCUCUCUGUCCUGUCCUCCUGCCUACUCGCCACUCUGCUCUCUGUCCUGUCCUCCUGCCUACUUGCCACCCUGCUCUCUGUCCUGUCCUCCUGCCUACUUGCCACCCUGCUCUCUGUCCUGUCCUCCUGCCUACUCGCCACCCUGCUCUCUGUCCUGUCCUCCUGCCUACUCGCCACCCUGCUCUCUGUCCUGCCUACUCGCCACCCUGCUCUCUGUCCUGCCUACUCGCCACCCUGCUCUCUGUCCUGCCUACUCGCCACCCUGCUCUCUGUCCUGCCUACUCGCCACCCUGCUCUCUGUCCUGCCUACUCGCCACCCUGCUCGCUGUCCUGCCUACUCGCCACCCUGCUCGCUGUCCUGUUCUUACCUUCUCACCACCCUGGUCCUGACACCUCUUUAACCUGGUCUUUCUUUGCUCCUGGUCCCGAUCUUAUCCCCCCCCCCCCCCCCCCUUCCUCUGUCAUUAAACUUUCAAGACCUUGCCGAACGUGUUCCUAGCACUGUUUUCCUCCUCUUUUCUAAUGGAUAACUUUACCCAUCUUCUCGCACCUGUCCUGUUAUUACCAGUAUCACUAUAACUUGCUUUGUUCCAAGUCACCUUGUUGGAUCCAUUAUCAUUUACGGAAAAAAAAAAAAUCAGCCUUGGGAAGAGGCCAAACACGCCCCGUGCAUUCAGCUGUUGUGAUGUGGGAGGCUGCAGUUGUUGUCAGACUCUACUGGUGUCCUCUCCUGUCCCCAUAUUAGUAUAUUGUGUAGAAAUAAACCUCCAUCUACAUUGUGUUUUA